UGCCCCCGAGGUUUUAAAAAACGCACCAAAUACCCUCGCCUGUUUCGAUUCACAUAAUAUACCCCUAUUUAUCCGUACUGUUCAUGACAUGCACCUGUCAGCUAACGCCGUUAGUCUGCCGUUAGUGGUGUUUUACUUAUUUGCCCUUAAUUUUGGUUUAGCGCCAUUGACUUCCUUCACUUUCACAGAAAGACCAAAAAAAAAAAAACCGUUCACAUUUUUCUCUUUCUCUCUCCUCUCCCCUGUUCUUCUUCAAGCUCUAAUCCUACUCAAACCCUAGAAAUUCUGGGUAGAUCUUCAAUAUUUUUGUGAAUUUUGCUGCGCACCUUAAAGGCGAGUUCGUGAGUUGUGAUUUUGCUUCAAUCGCGACAAAAAAGGGAGAAACUUGAGGCGAUUUCCAGUUGAGUUAGUGUUGAAGAGGAAACGGGAAUUUUAAAGUUGGUUAGUCUACUUCCAGGAUGAGUGCUAUUUGGUUGUUACUACGUUAUGGGUCACAUAGUUUUGAUAUUAGAGUGGGAGACAUGGAAAAAUAUCGUUUGUUGAAGUUGUUUCUUGAUAUCUUUGAGGAAUCAGUUAAGCAAGAUGUUUUUUUGCCUAGUACCUUUAGCUUGUAUGUUGAGGGUCCUUGUGGUAAGGUUGAAUUGAAUGAUGAUAAGACUUUAAGGCUUCUGUGGGGAUGGAAUUGGGGUAAAGACACUGCUGAAAUUUGGGUUGAGGGAACAGAUAAACCAGGAUUGGUGUUUAGGAAUGCUGUUGCAACAAUUGAGAAUCAUAGAAAGGAAAAAGAGAGACAACUUAAGGAGAGACAAGAGGAACUGUUGAGGGCUCAAAGAGAGGAGGAAGAGGCAAUGAGGAAACAACAGGAAAGGGAGGACAUUUUGAGGGAAAUACAGGAACAAAUGGAGUACACUGUGGCUAUGGAGGUCCCUGUUGUUGAUUGUGAGGACAUGAAGGUUGAGUAUGUGAGAGUCAUUAGCAAAGAUGAUGCUGAUGAGGUGUUUCCAGGUUGCUCUCAACCACAACAAACACAAGAAUCCCCAAAGAAACAACCCACCCCACCCAAACACACAAAUCAUGUUGCUUCUAAGUCAAAAGGCAAGGAUAAGCCUGCUUCUAAGAAACUAACCCCCAAAAGGAGGGCAUCAGCUAAACAACCCACCCCACAGAAACAACCCACCCCACCUAAACAACCCACCAAACAACCUACACCACCACCCCCACCACCCCCACCACAGAAAGAACCCACCCAACCAAAACAACAACAACACACACCACCGCCAGAACAUCCCACCUCUCCACCACAACAACAACAACACACACCACCACCAGAACAUCCCACCCCUCCACCACAACAUCACACCCCUCCACCACCACCACAAAAUCCCACUCCACCACAGAACAACCAAACUGAUGAGCCUAACAAUCAAGCACCACCUGAUCAAGCUCAGCCAGUGAAAAAGAAGGGGGGCAGAGCUAGACCUGAGGGGUUUAGGGUUAACAAAGUCACUGCUAAGAAGGCUGGAACUUGGGUUUCCAAGGGAAAGGGAAAAGGGAGAAAGGGUACAGGAAGGUCUAAGACACCAGGGGUUUUUGCUGAUGUUGGUGAGAUAUGUUCAGAAGAGGAGAGUGAGGAUUCUGAUUAUGAGGAAUCAGAUUCUGAACAAGAGGAUGUUCUGAAUGAUUGGAUUGAUUCUGAUGUUGAUGAUGAGGUGAUUCCUGAUGAUAUUCCUGAUUUGGGGUUUGAGGAUUGUCUAAAUGGUUCCUCAAAGAUGGAUAAGGCCUAUAAAAAUGGCAAAAUAUGGACUGAUCAACCAUAUGGGUCCAUUAAGUUAGAACCCUGGUUGAUCUUUCAUGAUAAGGCCACAUUUCUUGAAGUGUUGAGAAGUUACUGCAUACAGGAGGGGUUUGGGCUUAGUGUUGAGAGGGCUGACAAUAGGAGGUACACAGCAGUGUGUGCAGUGGAGUCAUGUGACUGGAGGAUACAUGCCAGUAGGUUGUUUGACAAUGUUAGCUGGGCCAUUAAGGUGAUCAGUGGGUCCCACAGAACUUGUGGGAGGCUUGAGGAGAAUCCAGUGGUGACCUCUGAGUGGUUGUGUAAGCAUAUGUUGGGGGAAAUAGAGGCAAAUCCAGAGAUUCCAGUGGAGACAUUGAGGAGGUAUGCACAGGAGAAGUUUCAGUUGAGGGUGAAAAAGAGGCUAUUGUACAAGGUCAGGAGUAUGGCAAAGGGAAAGCUGCAUGGUGGUUGGGCUGAAGCAUAUGAGCUGUUGCCUAGAUAUGCUGAGAUGAUUAAGCAAACAAACCCAGGGAGUCAUGCACUUAUAACAUGGGGGGCCAGUAGUGGGGAUGUGAACCCAAAAUUCAGAGCUUGCUUCUUCUCAUUUGCUGCACAAGUCAGGGGGUUUCUAAGGGGUUGUAGGCCCAUAAUUGGAAUAGAUGGGGCUCAUUUAAGUGGUUUCUACAAGGGCAUUCUACUGACAGCAGUUGGCAUAGAUGGGAACAAUGAAAUUUUUGUUCUUGCCUAUGGGAUAGUAGACACUGAGAGUUGUGACAGUUGGACCUACUUCAUGAGAUGUUUGAGGCAAAUGUUUGAGCAGGAGGGUUGCAACAGAGAUGAUUGGACCUUCAUCAGUGAUAGGAUGAAGGGUGUUGAGUUGGCAGUUAGAGAAACUUUUCCUAGAGCAACUAGGAGAGUUUGCUGCCAACACCUAUACAUGAAUUGUAAGAACAAUGGCUUCAGUGGAUCUGCAUUCCACAAGCUCUUUUGGAUAGCUGCUAAUGCAUACAAUGAGUAUGUGUUUGGUAAGGCCAUGGAAAAGAUCAGUGAGUACAAUGCAAAUGCCACUGCAUACUUGAACAGCUGCAUUGAGCAGUGGUCUAGGCAUAAGUUUGACUCUACUGUUUGUUGUGAUCACAACACAACAAACUUUGUGGAGUCAUUCAAUGCAUGCACAAAGCCCUUCAGAGACAUGCCUGUCUUCUCAUUAUUGGAAGCAAUCAGAAGUUGGUGUAUGCAGAGGGUGGGGGCUAGAUUUGACAAGGCAGUUGACAUGGAGGAAGGUCAGCUCACUGCAUAUGCAUUGAAAGAGUUAGAGGAGAGGACAGCUGAGUCCAGGUUAUGUUAUGCCACAGCAUGUGGAGGGGGUGAAUUUGAGGUUAGGGAUGGACAUGUCAACUUCCCAAUUAGGCUUGCAACAAGAAGUUGUGCCUGUGGGAAGUGGCAGAUUUGUGGAAUCCCCUGCAAGCAUGCACUGAGGGUCAUAUAUGACCAAAGGAUGAACCCCCAUGAUUUCAUAUCCCCAUGGUUCAAGGCUGCUACAUACAAGCUAACCUAUGCAGAACAUAUUCAUCCUAUGGCAGAUCCAUCUCAGUGGCCUGACUUUGGCCUUCCUUCCAUUCAUCCUCCAACCAUCAAAAGACCAUCUGGCAGACCUGCUAAGAAGAGAAAGAGAGGGGCAAAUGAACCAAAGAAAGGGAAGAGGAACACAAAUGUGAAAUGUGGAAAGUGUAGAGAGUUUGGUCACAACUCAAGAACAUGCAAGAGUGGAGGAACAAGUGCCACUGGACCAAGUACUUCAAAGAGUGGUGCAGCAGGAGCAAGUACAUCAAAUGGGGGACCAAACACAAGGAAGAGGUCAAAGGCAGCUGCAUAGUCACCUCAGUUGGCUAUAUUUUGUGAAUUGUAGUGCACAAAGCUAAACUAACUUAGUCAAAUCAGUUUAGUCAGAAUCAGUUUAGUUAGAAUCAGUUUUUGGAAACAGUUGUGCAGAGAUCAUUUUUUGGAAACAGUGAAAUGCUUAGAACACCUCUUUUUGUGCAGUUCAGUGGUGUUUGUCCACUUAAAGUUCAGUUUAUGUAAAGCUUAUUUGCUUGAACAAGUAUUUAUGGAACAAAGUCUCUUUAUUUCAUGAAAUUUGUUACAACUUUA